GUCGUGGUCGUCGUCGUAUGUACAAUUUUUCCCAUACUUCUCCUCCCCAUAUUUCUCCUCAGGUUACAUGACCACAGUCGAUUUUAUGUACGGGAGGACAUACACAUAUUUAUUUGUUGUAUUGCAUAUAUAAUACUUGGCUGGAUUGAAGUCGUGAGUGAGUGAUGAGUGACUACGAAACCACAGAGUUUAAUAUUUGGGGUAAAAAAGGGACAAUAUUUAUGUGUCAAAGUAAUGUAGAGUAUGAGUAAUAUUCUUCCGAGACGUCACACUUUUACAGUGUCAUUUUUUAGCAAGUGAGUGAGUGAGAGUGAGAGAGAGAUUUAGACAAAUUGAGACGUGUGGAUCAUUGGGUCCGUUGCAGAAGCGUGGAAUUGUGGAAGACAGAAAUCGUGACCAUUUUACGGGAAGAUUGAUACUCGAUAAUAGAUUCCUAAACUUGUCGGACAGUCGUCAAUCCGAUUAAGAAAUGCUUUUCCAGCGAGAGGUGACCACGCUACUCGUAAUUUUUCUCUUCACAUCAUCCGCCCUCCUCGUUUCCGGUCAGGAUGAAGAUUCCGAUGCAGAGUUAAUAAAUGAAUUUCUAAAUUCCGGUCCCGACCCGGUGGUGACGAAUAUUAAGAAACCAGACCCCCCAGUCGCACAGACGAUCCCCUCCACCUUCUCCAAAGGUCCGGUACGAGGUCAAGGCUCAGGAAAACAACCUCCUCCGCCACCAAAAGAACAAUCUUCUGAACAAGUGUCCUCCUCCGAGGAGACCUUUAGCGAACCGGGGAGUUGCAAAUGUGUGAAAUACUACUUGUGCAAUAUUGACAAUGGGACCGUCGUGGAUAAUGGCGACGUUCUCGGACUUAUCGACAUCCGUCUGGGUGCCUCGAAACCGUCGGCGUGUCCGCAUUAUUUUGACAUUUGUUGUCCAGAUUCCAAACAGGAAGCUGCGUCCGACGUAAUCACCCAACCCCCAAAGAAUUUCGAACACUCGGUCUGCGGGAAGAGAAAUGUGGGUGGUGUGGGAUUCAGAAUUACUGGGGCGGACAAUAUGGAGACAAACUUCGGCGAAUUUCCUUGGAUGGCCGCCAUCGUGCGACAAGAACAACAAGUGGACAAACCUCCCCUUAACAUUUACCUUUGCGGUGGAUCGCUAAUUCAUCCUCAGGUUAUCUUAACAGCCGCCCAUUGUGUUUACGGGAAGCAACCCGAAGAGUUAAAAGUUCGUUUGGGCGAGUGGGACACGCAAACUCCUCAUGAGCUGUAUCCUCACCAGGACAGAUUUGUGAAUAAGAUAACCGUGCACGAGGGUUACUACUCGGGCGCCUUAUUCAACGAUAUCGCCCUCCUCUAUUUAAACGAGCCAGUGAAAUUCGCACCAAACGUGGACACCGUCUGUCUGCCCCCUGCCUCUGCCAAGUUCGACGGUCAAACGUGCUACGCCUCAGGAUGGGGGAAGAAUUCGUUCGGUCAGGAGGGGAAAUACCAAGUGAUUUUGAAGAAGGUGGAGGUGCCCAUCGUCCCCAUGGACCAGUGUCAACAAGCCUUGAGGAAAACGAGGCUCGGCCCCCAUUUCAAGCUGCACGCGUCCUUCGUCUGUGCGGGAGGCGAAGCAGGUCGUGACACUUGCUCGGGCGAUGGAGGAUCACCUUUAGUCUGUCAGUUGUCCGACUCUCCGUACUACGCCCAAGUAGGCAUCGUUAGUUGGGGGAUUGGUUGUGGAGAGCACGGAACGCCCGGAGUUUACGUCAACGUCCCCCUUCUCGUUCCUUGGAUUGCGGAACAGAUGCGUAAGUCGAGAAUGGAAACGUCCUUUUUCAGAAAUUAAGCAUAUGUAUACACCUAAUCUAAAGUAACUUUAUACGAUUUUAUGAUAACAACUGUCCUAAUUUUAUGUGUGCAAGAAUUUUACGUUUAGUAAGUAAGAUGUGAUGAGAUUCGAUGUCAAGUAUUAAAAAGUGACGAAAGAAAAUAAAGUCGAAAAUUAUUCUCA